UUAUCACCUCUGAUGUGCAUCUCCUCAAGUUUAAGGAAGUAAAUGAAGAGGUACUGACACUACUAUAAUUGCAGUCACGGUGCUGUAGAGCUCACAACAUCCUUACAAGCAAUGGAGAGAGAAAAUACUAGUGCUGAAUGCAGAUCACUCAACCAAAUACCUUCACUUAAUGAUGCAAGUAAGGGUUCAAGGUGGUGUAAGAGAAGCUUCCAUUUGAGACUAAUUUUCUUUCUGGGCCUCCUGAGUGUUUCACUGUUGGCUGGAGUCUGCAUCCUUGAUGUCCAAUAUCGUAAAACCAUUGCAGAGCUAUCUUCCAUCAGUAACAACCUGACUGAGUAUCUGCAGGCCAGUAAAAAAAGUAUUUCCUCCCUGAUUAAUGAGAAAAUCCAGCUGAAGAUUCUUGUCACUGAAAGCAGUCAAGAGCUGAUCAGACUUCAGAGCUCGUCACAUCAGGAAAAUGAAUGCCCUACAGAAUGGAUCAAGUUCAGUGGUUCCUACUAUUUUGUCUCAAGUGAGUCUGGUACCUGGGAUGAAGGCACUGAGGACUGCAGAAACAGUGAAGCAGACCUAGUGGUAAUAGAAAGCAUUAAAGAACAGCUGUUUGUCUCAAACUUAACUACAAAACAAGCUUGGAUUGGUUUAACUGACAGAGAAGAGGAAGGGACCUGGAAAUGGGUUGACGGAACUCCACUGACUCUUAAGAUGUGGGCAAGAGCUCAGCCUGAUAAUGGUGGUGAACUCCCAGGGAUGGAUAAUGAGGACUGUGCACAUUUGAGAACUGAUAACUUUUGGAAUGAUUUGUCAUGUACAGUGCCUCUAAGAUGGAUCUGUGAAAAGAAGAUGUUUGAAAGAUAAAAACAUAACAGCAAGUGGCAACAGACACUCCAAGCAAGUAUGAGUAUCUACUUUGUUCCUGCCUGUUCACUUUUAGGGGUUGGGAGUUACAAAUGCAAGUUUAGAAUUAGAUGUUUAUGAGUACAUGGUUUGGGUUGCAAAACUAUUAACUGGAACAAAGAAUUUAAUGCUCUUUGGUUGUGAAUUUGCCAUGUGAUAGGACAAAGGUGAAAUAAGAUGUGAAACAACCAGGGACUGUGCAUGCCAACCAAUGUUCCAGAGUCCUAGUUCCUGGUUAAACUGGGCAGGACUGUGGAAAACGGGCUUUGCUAUCCUUUCAUUUGGCCUUAUGCUCUUUUAAGACCAACAUCAGCAUAAAAUAAUGAUGCUUGUGGGCAGUUAAUACUCCUGGUUGAGUGGAAGAAUUGCAAAUAAGAGCAUAGCAGAAACUUAAAGAUGCUAGAAAAGUAAACUUCUAGCUGAAUGCCAUACUUAAUAUUUAGAGCAUCAUCAGCCUUCAUGAUUAUUUUCAUUAUUUGUGUCUACUUUUGCCUGCCCACAAUAAAUACUGCAGACCAAUGUACUCUCUUGUAUUUUGAUGGAACACCACAAAAUCUCCAAAUAAACUAAACCCACUCUCUAAAAAUAGCCCUUUUUUUUCCAAUUUAGUAACACUGGAAAACCCCAAUUAUUUUUUAUUUUCAAGUUGUUUAAAGAAUUUCUUGUCUUAUUCGUAAGCAGAAAAGACCUUAAGGGCUCUGAUUAUGUAAAGACCUUUAAAUGUUUUCUUCUGAGAAGUUUACAGUGUAAAUAUCUUCUUAUGCUGUCAUCUUCACUUGUAUCCUGUUAUGCUUUUCUUAUAUUUCAUAGAUUGCUAAUA